GGGAGCGAUGCGGCGCCGGCGGGCGGCCGUGGCCGCGGGUUUCUGCGCCUCCUUCCUGCUGGGCUCCGUUCUCAACGUGCUCUUCGCACCGGGCUCGGAGCCUCCGCCGCCAGGCCAGUCCCCGGGAACCUCGGCAGCUCCGGGCCCGGGCCGUCGCGGGGGCCGUGGAGAGCUGGCCCGGCAGAUCCGGGCGCGCUACGAGGAGGUGCAGCGCUAUUCCCGCGGGGGCCCCGGGCCGGGAGCCGGCCGGCCGGAGCGGAGGCGCCUGAUGGACCUGGCUCCGGGAGGGCCGGGCCUGCAGCGUCCCCGGCCCCCGCGGGCCCGGUCCCCGCCCGACGGCGCUCCGGGCUGGCCCCCUGCUCCCGGCCCGGGUUCCCCCGGCCCGGGCCCGCGCCUGGGCUGCGCCGCGCUCCGCAACGUGUCUGGCGCGCAGUACGUGGGCUCAGGCUACACUAAGGCUGUGUACCGGGUCCGCCUGCCCGGCGGCGCCGCGGUGGCGCUCAAAGCAGUGGACUUCAGCGGCCACGAUCUGGGCAGCUGCGUGCGCGAGUUCGGGGCGCGAAGGGGUUGCUAUCGCCUGGCGGCCCACAAGCUGCUCAAGGAGAUGGUGCUGCUGGAGCGGCUGCGGCACCCCAACGUGCUGCAGCUCUAUGGCUAUUGCUACCAGGACAGUGAGGACAUCCCGGACACGCUGACCACCAUCACAGAGCUGGGCGCCCCUGUGGAAAUGAUCCAGCUGUUGCAGACGUCUUGGGAGGACCGGUUCCGAAUCUGCCUCAGCCUCGGCCGCCUUCUCCACCACCUAGCCCACUCCCCUCUGGGCUCAGUGACUCUCCUUGACUUCCGCCCUCGGCAGUUCGUGCUCGUGGAUGGGGAGCUGAAGGUGACGGACCUGGACGAUGCUCGCGUGGAGGAGACACCCUGCACUAAUGUUGCCGACUGCACCCUCGAGUUUCCAGCCAGGAACUUCACCCUGCCCUGCUCGGCCCAGGGCUGGUGUGAGAGUAUGAAUGAGAAACGGAACCUCUACAAUGCCUACAGAUUCUUCUUCACAUACCUCCUGCCCCAUAGCGCCCCUCCGGCCCUCCGGCCUCUGCUGGAUACCAUCGUCAACGCCACAGGAGAGCUCACCUGGGGGGUGGAUGAGACCCUGGCCCAGCUGGAGACGGUGCUGCAUCUGUACCGGAGUGGGCAGUACCUGCAGAACUCCACAAGCAGCGGCGCAGAGUACCAGCGCAUUCCAGACAGUACCAUCCCGCAGGAGGACUAUCAUUGCUGGCCAUCCUACCACCAUGGCGGCUGCCUCCUCUCCGUGUUCAACCUGGCUGAGGCCGUCGAUGUCUGCGAGAGCCACGCUCAGUGCCGUGCCUUCGUGGUCACCAACCAGACCACCUGGACAGGUCGGAAGCUGGUCUUUUUUAAGACUGGAUGGAGCCAAGUGGUCCCUGAUGCCAGCAAGACCACAUAUGUGAAGGCCCCUGGUUGACUGGUUGUAGGCUCAGCUGACCAGCUGGCAUCUUUUACCCAGCUGGGCUUGCCUGCUUCGGGAGUGACUUGCACUUGAGAUGUUGCAUAUCCCCUGGGAACCCCUGCAGAUAUGAAGCAGACCGACUAACGUGACCAGGACAAACGUGCAAUAUGCAAAAAUGUUUUAAAAAAAAAAUGUGAGUUUGCCAGCUUAGGUCUGAGACUGUUGCUCCCAGCCUGAGAACCACUGGUUGAGAGCUGACUGCCUCUCCAGAGCCC